AUGGGUCAAGUGGAGUUCUUGGUAUUCGUGGUUGAGAACUGCGAGAUUCACCUGGGUCGCGAAAAGACUAACGCGAUUGUUGAAUACCCCGUGCCGUGUGGGGUGCAUUCUGUUCGACGGUUAAUCGGAGUCACUGAAUUUUUCCAUCUGUUCGUGCUCUCAUAUGCUGUCAUAGCAGAACCGCUGACUGCUCUGUUGUGCAAAGGUGUAAAAUUCCAAUUUACUGAUGGUCAGGAACAAGCAGUCCGCAAGCUACAGGAUGCCCUUGCAGGUGACAAGGUGCAAUCCAUGUUCCGGCGUGAUGACAAAGUGACAGAAUUACACACCAACCUCAGUGCUGAUGGUCUUGGAGGUGUUACAAUCCAUGAAAAAAGGUGA